GUUUUAUUUUCAACAACUUUAUCGUCGUCGAAAUGCGGUGAUAAUUGCUGGCGAACGUCGGUUUCCUCCACGGAAACGCGUACAACAGUGCGUGAAGUAAGGUCGGAGCGGCGAAAUGUGGUUCGAUUUUGGGCGCAACGAACGCUUUCCAACUAUCUACGAUGAGCACAGGACCCCCGUCACCGUCGACGUUCUGGACGCGGGGUUCAUCCUCGCUGCCGUCAUCCUCGCCGUCAGCUUCUACGUGUCCAUGCUGACACCCAGACUCAAAGAUAAUAUCUUUUCGUACAGCCGAGUCACCGUUAGCAUCCUUAUAGGUGUUAUGAUUAUGCUGGGAAACUUCGGACAGGAAUGGGAGGUGGGUCACGUUAAAUCCGUGAUGCCGUACAAGGCAGGAAGCGGCGUCCAGAUUAACGGCAGCGUCGGCAUCAAAAUCGGGCUGCGUUCGGUGAAUGUGACUCUGGUGAGCGACGUUGAUCGCAACAGCAGCCUCAAGCACGAAGUGAUCAACUACAACGAGAGAUUCCACUGGACGUGGGAUCAAGGAAGAUUCGGAUUCGGACCUUUCGCCGGACAACUGCAGCAAGAGUUCCGCAAAGCCCAAUACGAGGGAGUGCCGACGCCGAUCCUGUGGAUCAUGGAGUAUUUCGUGAUCGAUGGCGAGGGUUUUCGCUUCGGGAGGUUCUACAGAACUGCAGGCUGGUAUUCGCACAUCCUCAUGUGGGGCGCCUUCCCUUGCUGGCUCCUAGCCAACAUAUUCUUCAAAUCCGUCGUCAGAUACGGCGGAUACUGUUUGGGAGUGGCCGGACUUCUUCAGUGGAGCGCCAACUUGGUUUGGCUGGUCGUGAGAAACCCGAACCCUCUGAUCAUCCCGUUCGAGGACGGCGCCAUCGAGACGAUCUUUGGACCUUCCUAUUGGUUAACCUUCUCUUGCGGAACAAUCUGCUUAACGUUGAGCAUCGUAAUACUCAUUUUGGAGUACUACUUUCCUGAAAAGUUGUACAAUUACUUCGGCGUCGAUUUGCUGAAAACAGCAGACAUCAGACAAAUUUUUGAUGACAAUCCCGAGAAUUAUCAAGCAAUAGACAAUACGACGUCCAAACCAUUGCUGGCUCAGGAUCACAUGGAAAUGGAAAUGAGAAAUACCCCUCGCAACGUUGAGCAUGUACAAAGAAGAUCGAUCCAGGUUUACAAAAGCAGGAAUCGCAACACGAUUCUCAAAAAGGCCCCCGCAGCUGAUCCGGUUUACUAUUCAUUUUACAAUCAGCAACCAUCGACGACGUCGGCUUCAGCGAAUCCAAGAUUGCCUAGCAGGAAUUUACCACCGCCUCUUCCAAGCAGAGCGGUCCGUUAACUUUUGGCUAACAUUUUUGUUGAUUUAACGUACCCAAAGAUUACGCAUCCACCCCUGCUCUUCAGGAAGAAAUGAUAACUCAAAAACAUAUAUACAUUAAUUAUUUAUUCGCAAUUUACUUGACAUUUCUGUAUCGUUAAGUGUCGGCAUCGCGUUCACAUUGCUUUUACUCGUUAGCUUCAGUUCGGUAUUCUUGAUUUUCCAAUUGUUGUCGCUGAACGGAUCCCUGGCGAGCGCGAACGUCUGUUCAAAUACACCGGUCACGAUGUUAUCGAUGUGCAACGUACCGCAGCACAUUAUUAAAACAAGUCCGUGCGGUUCUGAUCUUCCCCUGGUACCGUCUCUAUUGAUGUUCGGAUUAAAGUACAACCUGUAAUCCGAUUUGGUUUUGUACAGCAACCGUACAAUCUCUUCGACGUUCGCCGCAACUUCGUCCGUUUGUAUUUGAUUACCGUUUAUUAAAUGAAUCUUUAAAUUAG